AAAAUGGAGGGAUUUCAAAAUAACGUGUUCAUCUCAAGGUCAGAUUGAUUAUUUGGAGCACAGAAUAUUUUGAGACUUCAUUUUGUGAUCCUCAGACGGUAUACUGUUGAUGUGACACCACACCUAGCCUACCUCGAAAAUUCCGUAGAAUUCGACUACUACUGCGCUUAUUUGUUCCAAACACUUCGUGUUCUUGCUUUGCAUUGAAUGGAGAAAGCCUCCUGGUUGUAAUUAAAUAAAAUGAACCGAUUGUUUUCAAUCUGCCAGCUUAGUUCACGUUCCUUAUUCAAUUCGCCUUUACUAUCUCUUUGGAAGGAGAACAUUGUCACGUCUGCUUGUACUCUAAACACUUCCAUAUUGUAUUCACCAGUCCGUUGGAAAUCAAAAGGAGGAGGUUUACCUGCCAGUGUUAAAAACAAAAAGAUCUCCCGAGAUGAUGUUGUCCCAGAAGUAUUUCCACUGAUAAAAGCUGAUAAAAUGGAAAAAGAAUUUCAUAAUUUAUUGUCACGUUUUCAAGCUUCUCUUGUUCAACGGUUAAGCUUAAGAAUGACGCCACAGUUAUUUGCUGAUAUUAUGAUUCCUGAAGAAAAUGUUAAACUUGGUCAAGUAGCUAAUCUACUCUUACAGAAUAAUGCUUCACAUCAGAAUACCCCUUUUUCGUCUGGUACUCAGCGCAGAGUUGGCUUAGGCGAUCAAUUCCUACUAGUUGAUCUUACUGGUCGACCAAAUCUAUUGUCAGCUGCACGUAAAGCAGUGAUUGCAUUUUUGGAUCCAUGUAAAGAUGGUUCUGGGGAGAGUAAACUUCAACCAGCUGGUCAGUAUACUUUUACAAUCCGACUGAAUACUGUUAUCACACAAGAAUCUCGUCAAAAAGCACUCAGUCAAGGACGUGAAUUGUUACAACACACAAUCCGUGAAAUGGACAAAGUUCAUCAAACACACAGUAAACUGCUGAAUACUAAACAAGUGAAACAAGAAAUAAGCGAAGACAAUCUUUUCAUUGCCCGGGAAUAUUUACGUGCUUUGGUGAAAGAACAGCAUAAGCUGGCUGAGACAUUAUGGGAGAAGAAACGUGUUGAAUUAGAAGGGGAUGCAAACUGCUGAUGGACAAGGUAAUGAUUUUCUACGAUUUCAGAAGUGGUUUAGUUACUGUGGGUAAACACUCAACCCCAUCCCACCUAACCAUGUACUAACUAACUAACUAACCGAAUGAGCAGUUGUCAGUGUAUUAUAUAUAUAUAUUUAUGAAUC